ACCAAAAAUAUAUAUUUUUAGGGCAAAUCAUUUUAGCCUCCCCAAUCGCCUCCAUCUCUAUACUCGUUCCCGUCUCCGAUCUUGCCCUCUCUCUAUAUCUGCAGCUGCAAAGUACAAAAUCUACAAGAAUCAGAAAUUCAAAACCCAUAUAUUUCAGUUUAUCUAUCUGUCUGCAAGAAUCAAAAGCUCAAAACCUAUUACGUAUAUCAAAACCUAGAUCGGCAUAUCAUUUCAGAUUGUUUAAAAAAUCUAAACCCAUAUCUUUCAGUUUCCAUCGCCCGCUGUUCCAGUUCGGGUUCGCCGUUCGCAAGCUUCAGCCGCUGUCUCUCAACUCUCAAGCUUGCCCCCCUCUCUCUAUGCUACUGCUAACUUGUAUGGUUAGCAUCGGGCCCUAACAUUUAGCAAGAACAGGUUCAAGAAACAUGCCUCCUCAAUCAUCAGGUCUCUUUUCUAAAAUCUUUUCUCAAAGAAGCGAGUUGAUGGGAAUGGGUGGAGCUGUAAAAAAGAGUCCCACAUCACUACAUAUAUGGCUGAGAUUUUACACCAGAUUUAGUCCCGAUCAGACUAGCAUGAUGGUUGAAUUCGCUGAACAAAUUGGGUGGAAUUGCCGCAGCCAGGAAAAACAAGUCGAGGAAUUUUGUAUCCUUAUGAAAAUUGAGAAGAGGGUAUUUAAUUCUUGGAUUUAUAACAAGAAGAAAAAAUAUAAUGAGUCGCCACACCUCAAGAACAAUCAUCCAUCGAAGCGAAUCAACACUAAAUUAAAUUUGGAUCAGAGAGCAACAUUGCUGAAAUUCGCUGAAAAAAUUGGAUGGAAGAUGCAAGGGAAUAAGGGAGAAUUUGCUAAAUUUUGCAGCAAAGUGGAACUUGAUAAGAGCAUAAUUUGGAGAUGGUUAUACAACCACAAGAGGGAGUAUUCUGGUUCGCACCCACCCCUGGAAAACAAGCUACCGCUUCGCCGAACUAAGUUUACUCCCGAUCAAAAAGCUAUGGUGCUGCAAUUUGCAGAUCAAAUAGGAUGGAAUCUACGGGGGAAGGACACGGUCGUCACUACAUUCAGCUUGCGUAUGGAACGAGAGAAGAAGGUCGUCAAAAAUUGGGUUUAUAGCAACAAGUGCAAGUACACUGAACCCCAAAAUGCUCGGGAAGCAAGGCACAAAGAGGAAGACUGCCAAAAAGAAGAAACAAGGAAGACUGGCAAGGAAGGGAAGAAAAUAAAGUAUUCCAGGAGUGAAGAAACACGGAAGACUCGUAAGGUUGGGCGGCACAAGAAGUAUUCCAGGAAUGAAGCUUUGAAGCUUUGGUUGGAGAGAAUCAACACAGACGUGGCAAUUUUUGGGUUGGUAGUUUUAUUGGUGGACUUGGGAUUCAGAUUAAUGGACUGGUUCAGCACAAAAAAAUUAAAAAAGAGACUCUAGCCUUCGGAAAUGGCAAGAGAUAAAGAGGAAAUGGCUGGAAUAAAAGGGGAAAUGGCAUGAGGAAAAAAGAGAAGAUUGCAAAACAAUUGUGUCCUCACUCUCUAGCAUAGAAAAGGCUCUUUUGAGUCAAAUGCCUGCUUCCAAAGGUCAAAUGCCUGCUUCUAAAGAUAAAAGUUGGGCGCACUCCCAAAUGGCGCUUUCUAUCAAGAGAAAUGGAUGUGGAAUGGAGUCCCAAAGUUGGGAUUGCGUUGCUCGAUAAGAAGAAACGGAUAUGCAAAGUAGUCCUUUUGUUGGGAUUUUGUUAUUUGAUAUUUAAUGUUUUUUUUUAAUUCAAAAGACACCGUACAUAUUAUGUGUGUGUACAUAUAUAUAUAUAUUCAGACACACCCACAUAUAUUUUAUUUAUUAUGAAUUAAAAAAGAGAGAAAAAUAUUGUUUUA